GCCGCCGCUUUGUGUCGCUGCACGAGCGAGUGUCCUGUGUCUGCCGUGGGGGCCCUCCCCCCGCCCCCACCGUCCUGCUGUGGCCCGGGCCCAGGCGGCCGUCCGGAGCGUGGGAGGGCCCCGGCUGCCUGCCCUACCCUGGUGCUCAAGCCGACAGCACAAGGAGGGCCGGAGCCAAGGAUGGGGAAGGAAGCCGGGCCUGACCAGAUGGAAGCGGGGCUCCCUGGUUGGAGGCAAGAUAAAUGGCUCAUGGCUCAGAGAAGGUGCGGACCCGGGGCGUGAGGGAAGGGGAGGCUCUGAGCUGCUGGUGGUUCUCACAGCUCACCCAAGAUGGAACAGCACGGCUGCAUCCCAGCGUGUGCCCAGCCCCGUGCCUGAGGACACACAGGUGGAGGGCCUUCCCCAUGCCAUCUUGGGGGCCACAGAUGGAGAAUGAGGGCCAGCCGUGGCAUUUUCUCCCCUCACUCAGGUUGCCCAGGGUUGGUGGUCAGGGCAGAAGCUGCAAAGAUUGGGGGAGGCUCAUUUCAUUCACUGAGACAGGCACCGGGGGUGGGGGUCCCCUUGUCCCGUUGCGGCUCUUACCCGGUCCCAGCCAGUAGGACCCGAAAUCCAGGGAGUUCCGACUUUGCCAUGUGUCUAGUGCGUGCCUUGGCCCGCUGCAGCCCAGCUGCCAGGGUCUGCUCCCUCCCCUCCCCAGCCCAGAUCAGCAGUCUCCCCUGAUCUAUCCCCUCUGUACAUCACCAGCCUCGUUUUUCCAAGACCAGACCAUUCAUUCAACAGCAGAUAUAUUGAAUAGCUGCUUUGUGCUAGGACUGGGGCUCAGCAAUGAGCAAAACAGACCUUGUGGAGUUUCCAGGUGGGAGGACAAUCACACAGACAACCACAAACUGAUAAGUGCUAUGGAAAAAACAUGUAUGCCAUAGGAAUCGGAUCUUGUCUAUAGGUCAGGGAGGGCUUCCUGUAAGAGGCAGCAUGUAAGCUGAGAUCAGAAGGGUGAACAGGAGGUGAGGGUGAGCAGCAGCAUUCCAGGAAGAGAUGCUGGGACUGGAGGGAGGGCAGUUUGUUCCGGGGUCUCUGGAAGGAUGGUGAAGCUAUGCAGGGAGCCUUGAGGUGGAGAGAGAAGGCUGGAGCAAGGACUGGGUUUUGUCACCCUGAGAGCCAUGGGGAGCUGGUGACAGGUUCUGAGCAGGAAGGUAUUUUUGAAACGAUCACCCAGGCUAUUGGAAAAGUUCCAGGGAGCACAGGGAGGCCUGAUCAGUGUAAGAGAGGAUGGUGGGAGUGGACAGCCUCCAGAGGGAUGGGAGAAGCAGCUGAGUGAGCUUGCCAAUGGCUUCAUGAUGUAGGUGAGGGGGGCGAGGAGCCAGCGCAACCCCUGAGGAGCAGAAUGGCUGUGGGGAGGGGCGGGGGGGGGGACCAGGAGACUUCUGUUCAGCACACAUCAUGAGUUCUACUAAGGGCGUGCUGAGUCUUAGGUGCGCCAUUGAACUGCCAAGAGGCGAUGAGUAAGGUUGGAACCCAGAGGCUCGAGCGGGGAAUCAGAUCAGUGUGUGGCUCGGAUUGAAAGCCAUAGUCAAGGCGGAGGUCACUUUGGGAGGACGUGCAGAAGAGAAGAGGGCCCAGGACCAUGCUGGGGAGAGCUCUUCAUGUUCAAAGGCCAAGGACAGGAGGCUGACCAGGCAAGGUACAGAGAGGGAGGUGGCAGACUGCCCUGCGGCAGAGGCAAGAGACAAGCCAGCAGGUCCCUCCUUCCCAGAAGACCGGAGCCUGCCACUGGGGUUGGUGACUUCAGCAAAACCGGAGUUUGCGGGGAUGCAGAUUCCAGGCCUGGCUAGGGGGUGUGAGCUCUGCGGGAAGCCUGCCAGUCUUGGGAGAUUGUAAGACCUGUGAGAAGGGGAAAGAGGACGAGUUAGGGGAUUUGAAGGCGGCAGAGGCGUGAGCAAGUCUGAUGCCAAAGGGAAGGACGUUUACCUGCAGGCCGAAUCCACGUGCUGAGGGGGCAAAGACAGAGGUGCAGGAGUGGCAGUGAUCGCAGGGGGAGCCUUCCUUAGGGCAGGAGCGGUGGCUGGACGCCCGCCGGAGCACAGGGCGUGUGCCUGCAGUGGGAGCCAGCACCCAGGGCGGAAGCCACUGGCUGCGCUCCAGUGACGGUCACGGCUAGACCCGGGGGUGCGUGGCAGGGAGCUCUGAUUUAGUUUGCUGACAUCUGUGGUGUACUCCCGCUGUGGCCAAUGUCAUGCUACCAGCCUGACUUCACUGGCGGGGCAUUGUGACAAUUGGCUGUGGUUCAGAACCCUGCAAUGGCGCGUGGCCGUGGGAUCGGGAGAGAAGGGGCGGGGCCAGCGGACAGGGACCCGCGGGCGUGCAGGCCCAGGUAGCCAGGGCUCUCCACCUGGUGGCCUGUGAGUCCUCCCCAUUCCUUCCUUCCUUUCUCUCACUCGGCCUAUGGCUUUUUUGUUCCCUCCUUUCUUUUCUCUCAUCCUUCUGCCCUAUGCUGGCCGCUGGCUUGGCAUAGACAAGCAAGACAGGGUUCUUACACUCAUGGAGCUCAUGACUAAUGGGGAUCCCACUUAGGCUCAACUUGAUGCCCAGAAAUCUGGCGAGGAGGAGGGAGCAGGAGGCUCUCGGUGGCUUCUCAGACGCCUGGAGUUCGGGCAGGGACAGAGAAUGAGGUGCUUCUGACAACAGAAGGGCACUGCCUGGGCAAAGGUGCUGGGGUGCCAUAGGCUGGUACGGCUGGGCCUCAGGUGCCAGUGGGGGGCUUUCAGGAGCAAGCAAGGCUGGAGAGAAAGCAGGGCCCAGACCCCACCCGGCUCUGCAGAUCCCAUGAGUUUAAUUUUGUACAAAGAUGACCAGGAGUGAUUGAAGUGUUCAGGACCAAGGAGUGAUGUGGUCAGAUCUGCAUUUUAGAAAAAUAAUUCUGGCUAGAGUCUUGCCCUGGGGCUGGGAGCGUCCAGAGUGGAGAGAGGGAGACAGUGGGAAGGCUGCAGCUGGUCAGGCAGGAGGUGACUGGUGGCAGCCUGGGCUGGGGAAGCCAUAGGAGGUGGAGAGGAAAGUAAAUACAGUUAACAUCGUACUGAUCCGAGUGCUCACUAUCGGCCAGGCCGUAUUCUCAACACACUAGAUGUCAUCUCAUGUACCCCUCCAAACAACUCCUGGAGAUACAUGCUAUUAUUCCCCCAUUUUACAGAUAAAGAGACAGGCUCGGAGAUUAGAGGAUCAGGUAAGGCGGUCUAAGAGUAGCAAGAGCAGAUUGAAGAGCUUGUUCUGGUUUGACCAGGUACGGGGUAGGGGCUGCCACCCCUGAGACCCUAGCCUUGGACAAGGAGAUCAGGAGUUUAGUAUGGGUGUGUUGUCUGGGGGCCUUUGGGACAUCCAAGCAGAGAUGUCCCCUGCAGAGUUAGACAUCAUUCAGGCCUCCAGCUCCAGGAGAAGGCUGGUUGACAGCAGAGGUUUGGGGGUCAUGAGCACAGCAACAGUGCUGGAGGCCGUGGGCACAGGCGAACUUGGCCAGGAAGCAGGUGGAGAGUGAGGAGAGGCGCAAGCACAAGGAGCCGCAGCGUGAGGGGCCGGGGAGGAAGGGCAGCGGCGAAGGAGCCGCUAAGGGGCCAGGCCCAGGCCGCCAGGGCCAGGGGAGCGAAUGUUUCGCGGCUUUCCACGUGGCAGAGACAGGUUGAGAAGUGUCCACUAGAAGCAAAGAACAGGGUCAUUGUCAGGCCUUGCUGGAGCUGUUGUCUUGGGGCAGUGAAGGCAGGAGCGAGAAGGACUGAGUGGGGGGCGAGGGAGCAGCGCCACCCCUAUCCACAUGCUGCCCUUCACAGCAUGGCUGGGGCCGUGAAGGUGAGGGGGACAGUGGGUGGAGGUGGCCCAGGGCUUACUGUUGAGAAAUGAAGGUUUCCUUUUAGUGUGUCCUAAAAUUUUCCACUUAUCGCCUUGAUUUUAAUUAAUUUGUAGAGCUUCAGUAACUUAAUCCUACUGGGAACUUACAAAGUACAGUGAAACUUCAGCUAGCCAGAUUUCUUGGCAAAUGAGCCAGCCGCUCAGGAAAAUGAACAUUUAUUUGAGUGAAAAUAUUUGAAAUAUAGGAUUUCUUUUUUAAAACAUUUCUAGUAUGGAAAUAAUCAUAUAAACAUAUGCGGUAGAGAGAAGACUCUAAUGAACGCCCACAUCCUCACCAUCCAGCUUGAAUAGCAGCUCCAGACCAAUGCUGUGCCCUCCAUGCCCCCUUCCCCCCCCCACUAAGCUCUGAGCUCCGGGACCCUUGGAAGCAGAUCCUAGAUAUCAAUUCAUUGGUACAGCUUUCUUACGUUUCUCUAAAAGACAAAACACUUUUUUAAAAAAUGUGACCACAAUACCAUUAUUACUCCUAAGGUCUUUAACAAUACCUCCUUAUUUUAAUCAAGUAUUCAUUGUUCAGAUUUCCCCCAACAGUCUCAUUUUCCCCCCCUCCAUUGGUUAAAAUUAGACUCCAAACAAGGUCCACACAUUGCAUUUAUUGGCUCUGUCUGUUAGGACUCCCUUUCUUUUCUUCAUGUACUUUAUGCAUGGAGGAAACGCGGCUGCUUGGAGGCGUGAGUGUUGCGAAUAUGGGACUGAGCUGAGCGCCCCCGCGGAGCAAGCAGGACAGGGAAGGCCGAGGAUGACCGGGCAGUCCAGAUAGUCGGGUCACCUAUCUGCAGGAAGGAGGCAGAAGGUGGAGGCCCGUCCUGAGCAAGGGGAGAGGCCAGGGCUGCUGAGGGCCGGGGCCUGUCCUUGUGCUCCCUGAGGCCUUACGGCUGCUGGAGCUGAGGGAAGGCGGGAAGAUGGCCUGAGCCCAGGAACAGGGGCAGAACCAGGUGGGCGAGAGGUCAGGGGCCAGGCUGGAGGUGAGGGAGAGGCUGGGCCUGAGGUCAGGCCUGGAAGGAACAGGAUGUCUGUGUCGUGGAUGAAGGGAGAGGACAGUGCCAGAAACCAGCUCCUCCCUCCCUGGCCCGGUCCCCGGUCCCCAGAGCCCCUCCCUGGCCUCCCAGCUACAGCUCCUCCCAGGGGCCCGGACACCAGAUCCCUUCACAAUGCUGGUGGUCGGUGGCCCCGAGCCCUUGUUCUGCCUUCUCCUCCUCCUGCUCCUGGGCCCCCACAGCCCUGAGGGGGCCAGUCCUCCUCAGAGAAGGUUUGAGUAUAAGCUCAGCUUCAAAGGACCAAGACUGGCGCUGCCUGGGGCUGGAAUACCCUUCUGGAGUCAUCAUGGAGAUGCCAUACUGGGCCUGGAAGAGGUGCGGCUGGCCCCAUCCAUGCAGAACCGCAGCGGCGCCGUGUGGAGCAGGGUCCCCGUCCUCUUCUCUGCCUGGGAGGUGGAGGUGCAGAUGAGGGUGACUGGGCCGGGGCGCCGGGGAGCCCAGGGCGUGGCCGUGUGGUACACUCGGGGCAGGGGCCAAGUAGGCUCUGUCCUGGAGGGGCCGGCCUCGUGGGACGGCAUCGGGAUCCUCUUUGACUCCUCGGCCCAGGAUACCCAGGUGAGUCGUGAUCUGCCCCCCGCCAUCCACACUGCCCAUGUUCCUCCCUGUGCCUGCGGCUCAGGCUGCUUAUCCCGUCCCAUGCAGAACAGCCCCGCCGUCAGCGUGCUGGCCAGCGAUGGACACACUCACUACGAGCCGCCUGGGAACGGAGCCAGUGGGGUGCUGGGCUCCUGCCACCGGGACUUCCGCAACCUGCCGUACCCCUUCAGAGCACGGAUCACCUACUGGGGGCAGAGGCUGCGCGUGUCUUUGAACAGUGGCCUCACUCCCAACGACCUAGAUGAGGUCUGCGUUGACACGGGGCCCCUGCUUUUGGCUCCUGGAGGUUUCUUUGGUGUCUCGGCAGCCACCAGCACCCUGGCAGAUGACCAUGACAUCCUGUCCUUCCUGACCUUCAGUCUGAGUGAGCCGGGUCUGAAGCCUCCCCCGCAGGCCUUUCUGGAGAUGGAGGAGCUCCGGCUGGCGAGGCAGCUGGAAGGGCUUUGGGCAAAGCUGGCCCUGGGCCCCAGGAAGAAUGCGAUUCCACAGCCGAGCUCUGAAGUCCAGGAAGAGGGGGAAAGAAGCUUUGGCCUGGAGGAGAUGCUGGGCAGACACCGCCAGAUCCUGCAGGCUCUCCAGGGUCUGUCCCAACAGUUGGCCCAGGCUGAGAGGCAAUGGAAGAAGCAGCUGGGGUCCCCAGGCCACACGAGGCCUAUGGGAGCCUGGGCCCCGAACUCCUCCUGCCAGAUUCUGUCCACCCCAGAGAGGGGCGGUCACUUCUCCAGGCCACUCAGCAAGACAGAGGCCCAAGCACUGAGAGACUCUGCCAAGGUCAGCGCCCUGCUCCAUGGACAGAGGACUCUGCUCCAGGACCUGCAAGAGAUGAGGGAUGCAGCUGCCCACGUGGCCUCCAGAGCCGAGCUCUUCUAUCUGCCUGUGGGCACCAAGCAUCAUUUCUUAGAGCUGGCCCAGAUCCUGAGCCUCCUGCAGAAGGACCUUCAGGGCCCACUGGAAGCAGCAACCAAGAAGCCCCGCCCACCUGGCCAACCCCCAGGGGCCUCCUCAUGCCUGCGGCCCAGCAUCUUCUUGUUCUUCCUCCUCCUUCAAACUAUAGGCUUCUUCUGUUACGUGCACUUCAGGCAGGAGCUGGACAAGAGCCUUUGGGACUGUUUGUCCACAGGCAGCCCUCUGUGUCCUGCACCAUGCAUCCCUGGGGCCCUGGGGGUUCUGAGGAGGCAGCCUCUCUCCCCCAGCAUGCAUGCAUGA